UCCAUAUUCUCUUUUGCUUUGAGGGAGUGGUGUGAACGAAAGCAAACACAAACUAAUCCGAACUCACUUUCCUCUGUUGGACUGACUGUUUCUCUUGUACUAGCAUUACCAUUACACAGAAUAAUUACAUCAGCUGCAGCCACUUCCAGGCAUCGAUCUGUAACUCGAAUCAAUCCUCUGGAGACACAAGGGGAUGAAAUGGCGUUCUAUGGUGGUGUGUGAGGGGAAAACCUGACUUUCAGGCACCAUAGGAGUUCCAGUCUGUAGAAUGGUGGGACAGUUCCUGGUAUAGCUGCAUCUCUUCCUGCAAGCCCUGCUUUCUAAGUGCUCUAAUGAGAUAGUGGACAAGAAGAAAAAAAGUCCAUGGGAUGCUGCAUGUGACAAACGGGAAUAUGAAGAUGUGCGGCGUAUGUGUAACGAGUUUAUAAUUAAAGACACGGCGAUGUAAGCCCUCGAGGGACGACUGCUUCCGUCUGAGAGCCUCAAUAAAUUGGCGAGAAUCGACGGCGAAAGUUUCGAGGCGUUAUAGACGCGCGCGCUCAGCGUCCUCAGGAGCUUUGACUGCAGUUUUCUCAAGUCUCCGAAACAUAAGAAGGAAGUCUGACCACUCCAACUUCCCACGCUUGAGCACAUUAAAGGACGAAUUCGCUUUAAAGGAUAGCGCGCUCUCUCUCUUUCGCACCGCGUUCUGCGAGCCUCGCGUGGGGUUAAAUAGGCACCGGACGCUCAGUCGCCUCAGGCUGUGUAGACUGAGGGAAAGAAACGCGGCGACACCGGCGUCCUCAGACUGCGUGAUCCAGGACUUGGGCAGUGCGGGACUUGCGCGCACUCUGGUUGCGGGAGCGAUGCGCGCGCUGCGGGCUCCGGUUCUAGUAAUGGGGCUCGUCAUGUUUAUCUGCACUACUGCACAAAGCGACGCCAGCGUGAACAAGGUCGAGAAAACGUUCAGACGGAUAAUGGACAUCAUGAGACUGGCGGAAAACAGCGUUGACGACGCGAGCGCGCAAAAGAAAGAGAGCGCGCCUAAUGACACUCAUCGUCUCAAAACGGAAACCGGGGAAACAAUUUUAAAAAUCUUUCCUAGAGACCUCAGAAAGAAAGAGAAGGUUAUCAAAAUCUUUACAGGUCCUCUCUAUUUCAGUCCAAAAUGCAGGAAGUACGUCUACAGGCUUUAUCAUAACACCAGAGACUGCACCAUCCCUGAUUACUACAGAAGGUGCGCGCGACUCUUGACGCGACUGGCAGGGAGUCCGAGAUGUCAAGAGGGUUAACUGAACCAGACCACUUCAGAGGGAGUACGUGUAACAAUGUUUCCCAAUUUUUCACAGAGGGAAAGAAUUUCAGAUGCAUCCAAGUGCACACAUGUAUACGAACACAGCCAAGUCUGGAACAGCACUAAAAUUCACUUCCUUUAUCAAGCAGGUUGAAGCCAAACCAGAGUGACUCAAGAAAAAAAAAUAACAACAGCAGUCAAAGUGCCUUUGGACAAGAGAAGAGAAUUUAAACCAACACGCAACAUUCCACAUAAUCAGCACAUCGCGUCCAGAACACUGCUCUGCCUCUCUGGAGAAUAGAUGUGGGAAAGUAUCCACAGAGAAGUAAACGGACACGGGAUAAUGGGAUGCACUUGCCCAAGGACGGUCUGAUGGACUCAACAUGGAGCCAAUGUUAAAACACAGGACGACAGAAAACGCAUCUGGCGUAGUGCAUUCUGAACCUGUCUGCCAAAAAAAAGAAUCGUUUCAUCAUGAAAAAAGGGAUUGCCAUGGUUUUGAGUUUCGAUAUCAGAUUAUUGAGACUCGUCAGUCAGUGCUGAUGUUUUGUACAACAUGCCUCGAUGGGGUUACAAUUCAGAGCCGUGAUGACAAAUUGAGUUAGUUCGCUGCAACGAGAGAGCUUUGGUUUUCUCUGUGCUAGAACUGAAAAUCAGUUAAUUGCAUGAACGUUUCCUUUUGCUUCUGUUUGCCAGCAGACAGGUAGAUUUUUGCAGUAUAUCUGUGACCAAAAGCUUUUGGUUUUUGUGUGAGACUAUGAGUGUAUGAUUGUGGAAUAUAUUCAGUAUAUUUUGAUAUGUAAAUGUUGUACAAAUGAGACUUUAAAAUCCCUAUAACAAACAUAUAAGAGUCUGACAUAUGA